UUGAAGGGACUGGCAAUGGUUUCUCCUACCAAAAGGAGCACCACAUCAUUGGAAGAAAAUAAUGUUCCAGAUGGGUAUUUCCUUCCAAAUGAAGCAGAUCUUCGUCAGGUAAUUGUAUUGCCAAAAGCAGAAUGGAGGAUUCAGAACAGCACUAAAGAAGCAGAACACAUCCUCGAUGAGAAGAAAGAACAGGAAGAAAUUCACUUAGGCUCCAAAGCUGCUGUAAAGACUCGCCCAAUGCCACUCCUAGCACAAGAGAAACUUAAGGCCAAAAAAUUACGUGAAGAAAGGGAAGAGGAAGAAAGAAAGUUACUUGAUUUGGAAGAAGCAAAGUUCCGAGCAGCAAAACGGAAGGAGAUUAUCGAUCACGCAAAAACCUACCUAUCCUAUCAGAACGACAGAAUGAAACAGUUCCACAGUGCACUUCUACUUACUGAGGUCCUAAAAGAAAGAGAUGCUCAAGUUGAAUUUCAAAAGUUGAAGUCAGUUGUUAACAAAAAGAAGGAACGUGAAGAAGAGGAACGUCAAUUUAAAGAAUACAUUCUCAGAGAGCAAGAAAAGGAACAGCAGCAUUUUAUGAAGGAGCAAGCACUACGCAAUCAGCUGGAACAAAUAAAGGAGCACGAGCAUCAGGCAGAUCUGGCCAAGACAGAAAUCAAAAGAGAAGCAGAAGAAAUAGAGAGAUUGAAUCAACUGUACCAACUGGAAAUUCAGAGAAGAAAGGAAAAGAAACAGGAGGAAAGAGCUGAACGCCGGAGGCUGUAUCAUGAAUACAUAGCUGACCAGAAAAUAAUCAAAGCAAUAGAGGAACAAAAACAAAUGGAAGAAGAUGAUCGGAUCAAAGCUCAUUUUAAAGCAAAGCAAACUAUUGCCCGGAUGAGAAAAACGAAAGAAGCUGAAAUGCGUAGAAAAGCACAGGAACAACAGGACAGAAUCGUUAAUCAAUUAGCUAAACAAUUGAGUGAGGCAUUAAAGAUGGAAGAUGAUCGACUUGCUAGAGAUGUUGCAAAAAUAGAAGCUGCAGAAGAAAAUAAACGCAAAGAGAAAGAAGCAAGACAGAAGGCUGCCAUUGAAUCUAUUGCUGAACACAGAGCCACUGUGAUUAAGAUGAAAGAGGAAAAGGAGAGACAGGAAAAAGAAGAGGCUGAAAAAGAACGUGAUAUGUUAAUGGAAAAUGCCCGCAUCUACCAGGAAAUGGAAAAAGCCAAGAAAGAAGGACGACAUGGCACAAACAUGGAAGUACAGAAAAUUCAGAUCCAGCAAAUGGCUGAAAAGCAGGCAAAACGACAGCAGGAAAAACAAGCAGACUUGGACUAUGAAGCUGAGAAAGAAGCUAUUGCACUUGGUAAAGAGCGUGAAUUUCAGAGCUAUGCAAAGCAAGUAAUUGAAUCAGAGUCCAAGACUACACAUCAUCUUUAUCCUCUUCUCAAAGUAUGCAAAGAUGGAAGAGGACUGGGACAUGGGCCAUUUUUCUGAGAAGAGAAGAAAUAAAUACUACUUCCAAGCAUA